AUGAAAGCCUGUUCCAUAUUAGUUACCUCCUUAAUUUCUCUAGCCGCUGCUCAAAAGGACACUGGCUCCUUAGAUGGCCAGAACUCUAAAGAUGGCUCCCAAGAAAAGAGCUCGAACUCUCAAGAGGUCUCAUCCGCCACAACAAAAGAAGUUCAACAAAGUACAAUGGCAGUCGUUUCUACCGAGAAGAGCUUGGUACAAACAAGCAACGUCGUCAGCAAUACCUAUGCUGUGGCUCCAAGUACUACCGUAGUGACCACGGAUGCCCAAGGUAAAACUACCACACAGUACCUAUGGUGGGUGGCCGAAAGUAACUCCGCUGUGACUACAACUUCAACUGCGUCUGUGCAGCCCACAGACGAGACUUCAAGCGGAAUCAUCAACUCCGCAUCCUCGACAACAUCAACGGACGGACCAAUCACUAUAAUAACCACCACGAAUUCGCUGGGUGAACCAUACACAUCCACUGUUUGGUGGCUACCGUCCUCAGUAACAACAGCCAGCACAGCUUCAUCAAGUAAAUCAUCAUCGGGAUCCUCAUCGGGAUCCUCAUCAGAGGCAAAAUCGAGCUCCAAGGUAGUAAGCACUAUCAAAUCAACCUAUACAACUACAUCGGGUUCUAAAGUUGAGACACUGACCACUACAUACAAGUCUACGGUCAAUGGUAAGGUAGCGUCCGUAAUCUCCAAUUCUACCAAUGGUGCUUUUGCCGGCACUCAUAUAGCUUAUGGUGCUGGUGCAUUCGCCGUUGGUGCUCUCUUAUUAUAG